AUGCAACCAUCAACAACUCCGGUUCUUGACGACAUGUCGGAAAAGCCACUGCCACCAUCCAACGAUUCCGACCUUGAACAGACCGAGAGAAGGGAAGCUGGUACCGAAGAUGAGGGAAGUACGGCAGUAGACCAAGGGGAAGCAGGGGAGGAGUAUAUUGAGGGGGUCAAGCUCAUCCUCGUCCUUGCGGCACUAACACUGGUCGUGUUUCUCAUGUUGCUCGACAUGUCAAUCAUCACCACGGCUGUUCCAGAAAUCACAACAGCAUUCAACUCCCUUUCCGAUGUGGGAUGGUACGGUGCGGCGUAUAACUUAUGUGGCGCCGCCUUGCAGCCCCUAGCAGGCAAGCUCUACACCCACCUCCGCUCAAAGGAGAUUUUCCUUACCUUCCUUUUCAUAUUCGAGGCUGGAUCCCUCAUCUGCGCUCUCGCCAAUUCGUCAACAAUGUUCAUCGUGGGACGUGCUAUCUCGGGUAUGGGAUCCGGCGGGCUUUUCAACGGUGCCCUGACGAUCAUCGGCGCGACCGUUCCGUUGGAGAGAAGACCGCUCACCAUCGGAAUCAUGAUUGGAAUUGCAAACAUUGGAAUUGCUCUUGGGCCUCUCGUCGGAGGAGCGCUGACACAAUACACGACAUGGCGUUGGUGUUUCUACAUAAACCUUCCCAUUGGUGCUGUCACUGCAGCCAUGCUAUUCUUGAUCCACAUACCCUCCAAAAUCUCGGUCCCCGUCCCCAUCCUCCAGAUCUACCGACACCUCGACCUUCCAGGCUUCACCCUCUUCGCGCCCGCGGCCAUCAUGUUCCUUCUCGCUCUGCAAUUUGGCGGCAACGAUUAUCGAUGGGACUCUUCCGUAGUUAUUGGCUUAUUCGUUGGCGCGGCCGCCACCGCUGGGCUUUUCAUCUACUGGGAGUACAGACAGGGAGACGACAAAGCCAUGCUCCCGCUGGGCCUGUUCAAAAGCAGAAUCGUAUGGACUAGCGGUCUUGUGGGAGCCUUCAACAUGAGCAUCACAAUAGUUUCGAGCUACUACAUACCAAUGUACUUCCAGAGCGUCAAGGGUGAGACGCCAUUUCAGGGUGGCGUUCAUUUUUUGCCAACCAUCAUAACCCAGUUGAUCUUUGCUGUGGCCUCUGGGGCUUUAGUUGGUAGGCUGGGAUAUUACCUCCCUUGGGCAGUCGCUGGUUCCGUCAUAUCGGCGAUCGGCAACGGCCUUAUCUCUACCUGGGAUCCGUCAACGGACUCUGCCAAGUGGAUUGGAUAUCAAAUUCUUCUCGGCGCGGGCCGCGGUGCCUGUAUGCAAAUGCACAUUAUCGCCGUCCAAGCCAACCUCCCACCCGCGCUCCUAUCCGUAUCGAUGGCCACCCUGGUCUUCUUGCAGACCUUUGGCGGAGCCGUUUUCCUGACAGCGGGUGAGGUCAUCUUCAGCCAAGGACUGGGCAAGAACCUGGAAAAAUACGCCCCGGCCGUGGACGUGAAGACCAUCCUGGCCGCGGGCGGAACAGGGUUCAGGACGGUUGUCCCGGAAGCUGAGUUGCCUGGGGUGGUAAUGGCCUAUUCAAAAAGCAUCGGCGAGGUGUUUUAUCUCCUCGUUGGAAUUGGCGGUCUCGCGUUUGUGCUUUCGUGGGGAAUGGGUUGGGUUGAUAUCCGCAAGAAGAAGGGGGAGAAGAAAGGCGACGUUUGA